AAACCAGCUGAAGUGGGAGCGUGAGUAAGUCUCCAGGUCAUGAGGCCUCGGCCCAAGAGGUACUGACUCCAUCCUUGUGGGGAGCCCGGAAGGUCUGCCUUGCUGAAAUGCUGACUGCCAACAUGUACCUGGAGCUCACCCCAGACCCCAACACCUCCCAGGUGUACGACUAUGACCAUGACUAUGACUAUGACUACCUCCUGUGUGAACACCAGGACCUCUCCUUCGCCACCAUCGGUGCCACCGUCCUGUACUGCCUGGUGUCCUUGCUCAGCCUGGUGGGCAACAGCCUGGUGCUGUGGGUCCUGGUCAGGUAUGAGAACCUGGAGUCCCUCACCAACGUCUUCAUCCUCAACCUGUGCCUGUCUGACCUGACCUUCUCCUGCCUGCUGCCCUUCUGGACCCUGGAGUACCACGGGGGCUGGGGGCUGGGCGACUUCCCCUGCAAGCUGCUCACCAUGGUCUUCUCCAUCAGCCUCUACAGCAGCAUCUUCUUCCUCACCGUCAUGACCGUGCACCGCUACGUGUCCGUGGUGUGGCCUCUGUCAUCCAUGAACUUCAACGGCCUCCGGUGCCGCGGGCUGGUGACCGCCGGGGUGUGGGCGGCCAGCGUCCUGUCGUCCGUGCCCGAGGCCGUCUUCCACAGGGUGCUGUCCUCCCACUGCAGCUACUCGGCCGAGCGGUGGUUCGUCGUGUCCGUGUACCAGCACAACGCCUUCUUCCUGCUGUCGCUGGGCACCAUCCUCUUCUGCUACAUGGAGAUCCUCAGGACCCUGUUCCGCUCGCCGGCCAGGCGCCGCCACCGUACCGUGCGGCUCAUCUUCGCCAUCGUGGCGGCCUACUUCCUCAGCUGGGCCCCCUACAACCUCGUCAUGUUCCUGCAGACGCUGCUCAAGCUGGGGCUGGUCCAGGGCUGCAGGGCCAAGCGGCGGCUGGACUACGCGGUGCUGGUCUGCCGCUGCGUGGCCUUCUCCCACUGCUGCGUCAACCCCGUGCUCUACGUCUUCGUGGGCAUCAAGUUCCGCAGGCACCUCAAAAGUCUGCUCCGCCGCUGCUGGCUGUGCCAGCCCAGCCCUCCCUGCACCCCGCACUCCGGCGGGGCCUUCAACUACGAGGGCGCCUCCUUCUACUGAGCGGCGGGCAGGAGCAGAGGAGGGGCACCGCCGGGUGGGUGGGCCGGGCAGAAGGCUCAGCGGCAGGGGGGAGACGGCUGCAGGGGUGGGGGCGGGAGAAAGACACUGCACCGUGCCGCCCUACUUUUAUAGAAUAAUGGCUUCCCAUCUGGAAACGUUAUAUUGUCCUGGGGGGCGGGAUGCUUCUUGGAUUCUGAGCUUGGGAUUUUUUUUAUUGAUUAAUGUGAUUAAUUAUUGAUUAAUUAGACAUGGGACUCCUCCUCCUCCUCUCCAUCCUCCUCUCCUCUUCCUUCUCCUCCUGCUCCUCUCCUCCUUCUCCUUCUAUUUUUUCUCCUCCUCCUCCUCCUCCUCCUCCUUCUCUUUCUCCUCCUCCUCCUCCUCCUUCUCCUUCUUCUUUUGCCACCAGAGUUACUGGUGGGGCUUAGUGCCUGCAAGACUCCAUUUCCCUUUAGCCAUUUUCCCCCUUUUUGAUAGAGGGUAAGAGACUGAGAGAUAGAGAGAGGCAGAGAGAGGAAGAGGUAUCUGCAGUAUUGCUCCACAAGCUUGCCCCAUGCACCUGGGGACCAGGGGCUUGAACCUGGGUCCUUGAGAAUGGUAGCAUGUGUGUUCUCUUUGGUGCACCACCACCUGACCCCAUAGACGAGGAUUUCUUACGGUUGAUUAGUUCAGAAGAUUAUCCAGCAUGAAGAGAUUUCUAGAUGGGGAUGUCUUUGAAAGCCAGUGAGUAUGAAAGUGUUGCCGCUUGCUGGCAAGAUGUCUCUAUCCUCCCUACCUUCAGGGCUGGUAGUGAAACAAGCACGUGAGAGCUCUCGUCCAGGAUUAGCACAUAUGAAAAAGAGAUUUCCUUUGGUCUGCUUCGAAGACCCCUUCUGUUUCAUUAGUUUGAUCCCCCCCUGCUUAACACUGUAUUCUAUUUACAUAACCACUGUUAAUCAAGCACCGCCCUGCCUCCAGGGCACUGGUUUAAUCCUCACUGUUUUGCACACUUUUUCCUUCUCCCCAACCCCCAUCCUACAUACAUCCUCUUCCGACCUGACAGUUCCACCUCAGGAUAUAUAAGGACAGGAUUGUGAUUAGAGAUGGCUUAGAUUGCGCUGCGUUCUACAUGAAUAAAGAGAUACUGCGUACAGCUCAGCCCUGAGUCCCUGG